UCUCCCUCCAAAAUGAUCACAAAUCAAACACGGUUUCUCAGAAUCCAAAACCCUAGUGACCAACCAUGGCCUCCACUUCUGCUUCGCGGUCCACAGGCGUCACCGGAAGAAUCCAAACUGCAGCUUCGACACUGUACUCCGACAAUCAAUCCCUUAUCGCUGAAUUUCGAAAGGCGUUGAAUAUGAUGAAGGAAAUUGGGGUUGAUUUGGAGAGAGAUAAUCAGUCUCAGAUGGUGAAAGAGCUUGAAAAUGCAGCUGUUGAGUUGCUGGCUACAUAUGAAGACUGUACACAUUUUUCAUCAGCAAUUCAUUCUGUUGGAGAUAGGUGCCAGCCUGUAGGAGAGUUAACCAAUUUUAAGAAGUUGUUUGAGGAUGAGAUUGCGAAGCUCAAGGCUAGUUCAUCUUCAGUUCCACAAAACCAUCCUAUAAUACGCCAAUUUAGAGAAGCUAUUUGGAAUGUUCAUCACGCAGGAGAACCAAUGCCAGGUGAAGACCAGGAUGACAUAGUAAUGACUAGUACCCAGUGCACCCUUUUGAAUAUCACCUGCCCAUUAAGUGGAAAGCCUGUUGUUGAUCUGGCAGAACCAGUUCGCAGUGUGGAAUGCAAGCAUGUCUAUGAAAAGAAUGCAAUCAUGCUCUACAUACGGUCCAAGAAUGCACGAGCUAAAUGCCCUGUAGCAGGUUGCCCUAAGAUGUUGCAGGCGCAAAAAGUGCUGUGUGACCCAUUGUUGCUUAUUGAAAUUGACGAGAUGCGCACAAUGAGUAAGCAAACUGCUAGGACUGACGUGAUAGAAGAUUGUACAGAGCUUGAUGAAGAAGGGUGUGACUAAUGAAAGUAGCUUUGCUGAAAAUGUCUAAUUCUAGUUUCAGGGUUUUGAGGAUAACUACGACUUUGACCUAACUGAAUAUACGUAUAGUCCGAUGCAUGUUUCCACAUAUACUUUCAUCUUGCAUUUGUAUUGUUGUUUUGUGCUCCUCCCUGUUGAAGUUCAUUGUGAUGAGAAAACAUGUUGCAAUACAUCGUGUCUUAAUGUGUAGUUCUUGAAUAUAUCUCCCACAAUGUGUUUCUAGUUUAAC